UAUAUUUGGACAGACUCUCAACAAGUUACGGAAGUGAUAGAGAGACAAAACACAAGAGUCUUCUUUGCUAAGUGCGAGCAUUAAAGUGAUCUUACACACUAAAGUCCACGAAUCAAUGUCUUAACUGUAUUUUCAUAUCUCCCCAAUUUAAUGCUCUUUCUCUAUACUGUAUUUAUAUUUCAUCCAACUUUUUAAUCUCCUCAACAAACCCACUCAAAUCUACAUAACUACUAAAAAAAUGUUUUCAAAAUCUUUCCUUUUAGCUUCCCUUGUUCUCAUCAUCUUCGUUGCUGCAACUGAAUCAUCUCAUCAGAAGAGUGGGAAUGAUGGUUUAGGAUUUGGAGGAGUACCCGGAUCCGGAUUUGCCGGUAUACCCGGGUUUGGAAACGGCUUUCCGGGGACCGGAAUGGGUGGUGGAUACGGCGGAGGGUUCGGUGGUCCAAAAGGUGGUUUUGGGAAAGGAGGUGUUGUUAGGCCGACUGUGACUUGUAGAGAGAAAGGACCUUGUAACGGCAAGAAGCUGAGGUGUCCGGCUAAGUGUUUCAGCUCUUUUAGCCGCUCCGGGAAAGGAUACGGCGGUGGAGGCGGCGGAGGAGGAUGCACCAUGGAUUGUAAGAAGAAGUGUAUCGCUUAUUGUUAAGAAUCAUAUCUUUAUCAUAUAUAUAUUCACUAUGAUGAUUAUAUAUUGCUAUGUAAUGUUAUAGCUAUAGAUUAUGAUCAUGAGGAUCCUUUUGUCUCGAUUCCGAUUGUACUAGUUUUAUAUGCAUAAUAUAAAUGGUUGUGAUGAAUAAAUGAGGAAACCCUUACGGUUUUCUCAGUUUGUGUUUGAGUGAGAGAUGGAUUCUACUAUGUUUUUAUGGUGAUUUUGAUCUUA